AUGACGGCACCCUACGUUCCCCUCGUCAGCGUCGCCUCCUCUCCGGAUGCCGAUGACGAUGCGAAAGGCUUCCUGUCCUCGCAGCCUUCCACCACGAACAACUCGACCAGCGCGAGCCCAGCCCAGAACAUGUCCCUCGCCGCCGCCGCCACGUUGACGCCACUGUCCACGUCUGUCGACAGCAGCGACCGCUUUUGCGACCCGCCUGCGACCGUGAAAGAAAGCCAAGCCGACAGCAACGCCGCCCGCGGCGAGCAAGACGCAGCAGCUCGCAGAGUCAGUGUGGCGCUCGAGGGGAAUGCGCCUGUGCUCGCCCAUGACUCCGUUCUACCCGCUCAUGACAGUCCUGCGUCUGCGUCCGGCGCUGGUGCGCAAAAAGGGGAAUUGAAUGCUGCGUCCGCCAAGGAGCACCUCGCACCGAAGAAUGCAGACGAAUUGGACAAGGACGCACAGGCCGACCACGGCCAUAGCGAAGCUCUGAGCCAGGGCCCCGACCAGCAUAGCCGCGAAGAUGACAGCGCCGAAAUCACAAGCUUCUCGCGCGCCAGGGGUCAUGCAGGCUCAACACCGCUGUCCAUCCCGGCAUUAUUGCUAGGCUCCAAAGGGGCCGGUCGUGCCACCCAUCGCACUCAACAACCUCCUGGCUACACACAAACGAAAACAAACAACUCGAACACGCUCGACACCACAAUUGCAUCGAACCUCGACAGCACCCUCUCCUCUCCCUCGUCCCCCACAAGUCUCAUUGAGCAACUGCAAGAGACCCUGCAAGCAUCGCUGCAGCAACAAGCCGCAUCGCCGUUAUCCUCAUCGCCGGGGUCGCCGUCAGCCGUAGCCACAGCGUCUACGACGCUGCACCGUCCCCAACCCAUCGUCCGCACCACCUCCGACAGCGACAAGUUUACUGUUUGCCAUCCCGUCCCUGACCUCAACACCCGCUCUGGCGCCUACACUGGCAAUAUUGCCACUCUCGAAAAGACGGCCGAGCGGCUGUCCAUGACCAGUUCGAUCGAGGACGCCAUUCGAGACUUGCACUGCGAAUUGAAGAGAAGCGACAGUCGAAGAUCGUCCAUCUUGGCCGCCUCCAAUCCUGCCUUCGCAUCAGCAUCCUCUCCCGAAGGCCCCUCUCCGCCUCUUGACGGCAGCCACCCACCGGCACCCCCUUCGCUCGCUCGUCAUAUAUCAUCGGCAAGCAAUAUUGUCGAAGUCAACAACGCAGCGAGAUACGGCGGUUACUCCCCUGCCGGAUACGUAAUGUCGCCCAACCAUUCCCUCACGAGCCGUCUGCGGUCCGCCUCAAAAACGUCCAACGGCCGUCCCGACUUUGACGUGGAUGCGUUUGUGUCAAGGAACGGCCCAGGAAAAUCGUCCACUCGCAGCGCGCGAUCAACCAAGAUGUCGCUGACCGAAAUCGCCGAGACGGAACCCACAACACUGACCAACGACGCCCUUGAUAAAGCUGAGCAGUUACCAGCGCACAACGAACACGAAGAGAAGACCGGAAAUGGCACGAAGCCAUCGGGAGAUGUGUACCACGGCGACGCAAGCACAGAGGCCUUCCACAAACUGCUGGAUAAUGCCCUGGCCACGGGAGCACCUAGUGACAGCAAGAAGGGCGACAAUACGAGUCAAAGGACUUCUCGACAAGAGUUGGGGACUGAGGAAGACCGCCCAGCGACGCCGCGGUCCACGAUGACAUACGAUCCGAACGAUGCGUUUGGAGACUUUGACGGCGUGCACUGCGAGCCGGACUUUGGCUACUUCGAGGAUGUACCGAUGCCUGAGCCGGAACCCAUGCCGGAGCCCCAGAGCGAGCAGCCAUUCAGCCGACCGGACAUGCCGCGCCCACAGUCCUACUUUGACAUGCAGACGGGCCAGCAGAUGAUGUAUUACCCGGCUCGCGUGCCAGCUAUGCUCAAUCUGCCGCCCAAACUGUCUAGGAAACCGAAGGCAGCCAUCCGCAACGCCAGGCACUCCAAAGUCCUGCAAGCUAUGGGUCACCCAGGUCUCGGACAGGCCGAGUACAUGGAGCGAGGCUCGCACGCACCCCCCGUCCGCCAGUCGACCUUAUGGCUGCCUGACCCCGUGGAGUCUGAGGCGUUCUCCCCCUUUCCCCUGGAGCCAUCGCCAGUGGAGCCUGCGCAUGACAGGACAUCAUUGCUCGAUGGUAGCCACGAACAACGCUCAUGGUCGGCCGGCCGCGAACAGGGGCCUGACUCCCCCUACGACCCGAUGCCCCAACCUCCACCGGCCGCUCGGCAGCGCUCUCCUCGCACGGUCGAAAUGGACGCCCACAAGUCUGCUCCCAUGGAGGAUCUACCACCGCAUUUGCGUGCCAGCGCCUUUUUCGAAUUGCCGCCCGAGCCGCCCACUGUCGAAAUGAAAGGUGGCUCUGCGAUGGACACCCUCGACAGCAUCCUUGAUGCGUCGGCCAAUGCCCCUGUUGAUGCCUUUACUGAUCACGCGUUUGCUGGCAAGCUUGGACGGGAGGUCUAUGGUCGUGAGAAGAAGGCGAACCGCAAGUCGUCUGCCCUGCUGCAACCAGAGCAUGCUGAUGGUAAGAAACGUGGUUCGUUUAUGCCGUUUGGCAAAUCAAGCAAUGAUGGUUCCUCUGAUCGGAGAAACACCAUGACUGGCGUUUCCAUACAUAGCAAUAGAACAAGGGAACGUGGCGAUGAGGACGAGAGCCAAGCGCUCUCUGGCAGUGUCGAUGGCGAGCAUCGCAGAGACGACGAAGAGGAGUUCGUGUCCGAGGACGAGGAGGAACUCUAUGCGGGCCCCCCUACGACUCUGUUGGCCGAACUGCAGCUUCGAAAGCACGAGCAGAAGCUGCGGACGCGCAACCAACACCAAGCUGUCCCCGGGGGUAUGCAUUCGACCCUGCUGGAGCUCGACGCCGUGGCCGAGGCACAGCGCAAGACGCGCAAGACGCGCCGCGUGAACCUGGCUUGGGAGGACCCUGACGCCAACCCCGACCACAGUUCCGAGGAUGAAGACGUGCCGCUGGGCUUGCUCUACGCCAGCAAGGCUGCGGGCAACAAUGAUUUCACCGCCGCCAUGGCCGAGCUCAACAGGCCGAUCGGCCUCAUGGAACGCCGUGAGAUGGAAGACAAUGAGCCCCUCAGCGCGCGACGAGCCCGCCUACAAGGCAACGAGCCUUUGACUAUUUCAAAGCACCGGAGUAUGAUGACACUGAACCCGGGGGGCGCUAGCAACAACCGCUUGUCACGGAUGCCAUCGCCGCAACGGUCCGCUAGCCGGUUGGAUCUCGAAGCCAGGGCACCCCGAAUCGAAGAACCCGAGGAGCCUGAGAUCGAAGAAGAGACGCUGGCUGAGCGGGUUCGUCGUCUUCGCGCCAAGGAGGAGGCUGAACACUCGAACCUGCCUCGCACGAGGCCCGUCUCUGCAGCGUUCUCCGUCGAGCUCCUCAGUCAAUUUGGUGAUCUGGACGAAGACAAGACGAAGGAGAAGGCAGCCCCUGUCAAGAACGCCGACGAAGAACAGGAAACGCUCGGCCAGAGGCGUAAGCGCCUGCAAGCCGAGCGUGAGGCGAGGGAGCGAGAGAUGAACACGCAGAUCCGACCUUCGCUCGUACCGCGCCGGACCAUGAACAUGGCAGACGUGCUCGGCGCACACCCUGUACGUGAAACCCAACAGCAGGAUGCGGAGAGGCGAAGGCUCGAGGAGGAGCAGCGUCGUGCCCGGAUGCAGGACGAGAAGAUGGCGGCGUUGAGGGCGCAGAUGCCCCAGACGCUGCCGACGGCGAUGCACGGAGCGCGCACUGGAGGAUUCCGCAACGGCAGCUACAACGACGGUUCGGCGGGCCUCGGUGUCUACGGUCCCUCGGGGAUGGGGGUCAAUGCCAGCCGGACCAGUGUCGCCAUGAACAACUACGCACCGCAACCGUCACAGAUGGGCAUGUACGGCGGCAUGCAGGGUACUGCCCUCGGCAUGCAAGGCGGGUACAGUCAAGGCUACGGCGGGGGCAUGGGGAUGCAGAUGCAGGUGCCACAGACGGGUGGCAUGGGGAUGCAGCAAGGCAUGGGCGGCAUGCCGAUGGGCAUGAACAUGGGCAUGAAUAUGGGUAUGAACAUGGGCAUGAACAUGGGCAUGAACAUGAACAUGAAGAUGCCAAUGGCCGGGCAGGCGCCGCCGCCCAGCUCCGUGGAGCGCUGGCGGCACAGCGUGAUGCCCUGA